CCAAAGAUAGACCCCAAUGAGAUCAAGGUGAUCCACCUCCGGGCGACUGGUGGUGAAGUCGGAGCAUCCUCUGCUCUCGCUCCCAAGAUUGGUCCUCUCGGUCUGUCGCCGAAGAAGGUGGGAGAAGAUAUUGCGAAGGCAACUGGAGACUGGAAGGGCCUCCGUGUCACAGUCAAGCUCACCAUCCAAAACCGUCAAGCUGCCGUCUCCGUCGUUCCCUCCGCCUCCUCCCUCGUCAUCAGAGCGCUCAAGGAGCCCCCGCGCGACCGGAAGAAGGAGAAGAACAUCAAGCACAGCAAGUCCAUCUCGUUAGAUGAGGUUAUCGAGAUUGCGCGCACGAUGAGAUUCAAGUCGCUCGCGAAGGAGUUGAAGGGUACGGUGAAGGAGAUUCUCGGAACUGCGUUCAGUGUUGGCUGCCAGGUUGAUGGAAGAAGUCCAAAGGAUGUCAGCGAUGACAUUGAGAGUGGAGAGAUCGAGAGUAGGCCCCCCCUCCCCUCCACGCUUCAUUCUGCUACGAGCUUGUUUGUGCUGAUACUGAGGACAGUUCCGGACGAGUAA